UGCUGAAACAUGCUUUCAUCCUAUUUCAAACAUUAUUUUACUGACAAUGUAUAGAACUAAAAAUAGGGUUAAAUUAUAGUUUGCAGUCGUUAAUUGCUCAACAUCUGCGUCCAUCCCUUUGCUUUAUCUAUCAAUGACCCAAAUUCCUUAUGCUCCAUCUACUCUCGCAUCAUAUGUGUUACAUAGAGACAAACACUCGGUACAGAGCUCAUAACUGUCUCGUACAAAAUGAAGAAACUCAUAUCUUCAGUGAUUCUUAUAGCUUUUCUAGUUAUUUUCGGUGUUAUUGCAAGGGAGAUCGAGGACAAUGCCAUUACAAACCUUAUUGAGCGUCUCGAUGCAAAGGAUGCCGUCAUUGAAGAACUUAUUGGAAGAGUGGAACUCCUUGAGAAAACAAAUAUGAAACAGGUCGAGAUAAAUGAAGACUUAGAGCGAAGACUGCAACAACUGACUAUUUCGACGCAACAGAAAGACAACCAGAAAAAUGCAAACACUGAAUUGGAAACAAAUAAUGAAUGGCUUCAAAAGAAAACUGAAACUGACACAGGUGGCGAUGAAAAUAAGGAAGAUACUAGCGGAAUAGCGCAUAAACACAAACAUGUAACUCUUGGCGACUCUAUUUCAAGAAACAGGCGACACGCUUAUACAAGAGCAAUAGCUUUCUUCGCUACGGCAACCAAUAACUCUGAACACCUGGGUAAUGGUCAAACUAUCAUCUUCGACAAUGAUAUCACAAACGUUGGAAGCGCUUAUAACAACCACCAAGGAGUCUUUAUCGCACCAAUCGACGGUAUCUAUGUGUUUUCCGCAACGCUUUCCUCCUUUCCCAAUACUGCUGACCAUUUAAAGUGGGUGAAAAAUGGCCAAAUUCUUUGCUAUCUGUACGUGCACAGUUCAGGAUACGAUACCUCCGGCAGCACGAUUGUGGUUGAACUGAACACCGGUGAUGACAUUUCCAUUCAAAAUAUCGAUCCCGACAUCAAAAUUCACGGAGGACAAUACACAUUUUUCUCCGGGUUUCUCCUUAAAGAAACAGAGACAGAGAGUAUUGUUAUUGGAUAAAAAAACAGAUGAAGUCGACAUCCUUAUAACAUGUAUUUAUUAUUAUUAUUAGUUAUUUUCUUUUGUUAUUUUUCUCUUUUCCAGAUACAGAGUGCAUUAAAAUGAGGACGAAAUAUGAACACAUUAAUUUUCCAACGUUGUUUUAUUUUUUAGAAAAUAUAUUUUCAUUUCUUUCUGCCUUUUUCUUCAAUAUGUUGCCAUGUCUUACACACGACGAAAUUUUAAUUUCACAUAUCAAAUGCGCCUGCUUGCAACCUAGCUUUGUUUUCUCUGCCACUGUCCUCCUCUCGUAGACAAAAAAAUAAACGGAAUGAAACAACCUGUUGACAUAUGUGUCUUGUUUUUAGCGGAAUGCUUUGACCUGAAACAGCAUACGAUGAAGAUGUCCAUUGAUAUUCGAAUGUCAGACCUGAAAAAAAUCAUCGUUAAAACAAGGGGGUGGAUGCAAUAAAGUCUCACACAAAAAAUAGUGAGAAAAAUGUUUGGUUUAA